UAAAUCGUGACAAUAAACCUUCAACUCCACAAAAUGUGUUAUAUUUUAAUACACAUUUCAGAAAUUUAACACGAAAAACAUGCAAUACAAAUGUUGGAUAUAAGCUAAUUUUAUUUUACAAUACACCGCAAUUUAUGAGAAUUAAAGGAAAGAAAGAUGCAAUAUACAACGACUGUGAAUGUACAAAUUGCAUCAUUUCACAAAACAGAUCUAAACUGAUGAUUGCCGAUGCUGUAAUAUUUUACAUUGGCAUACGAAAUGAAAGAAUGGGAGAAUAUCCGCCUAUAAAUGCAAGUAACAGAAAUCCAAAUCAGGCUUGGAUAUUUACCUCUGUUGAACCCCCCGAGCAUUAUUACAAUUCAGAUUACAUGUCACCAUUAUGGCAAAGUACAAUGAAUUGGUCUUGUUUAUACAGGCUUGAUUCAGACAUUCCCAAUCCGUAUGGUUUCUUGAUACCUUCAUCAGGGGUUGAUAUGAUAGAUUACAAUACUAUUUAUGACAAAAAGACGAGGAACGCCUUAUGGAUGGUGAGUCAUUGUCAAGUUGCUAGUGCAAGAAGACAGUUUGUCUUAGAGAUGAUAAGAAAUGGAUUUAAUGUUGACAUAUUUGGUGGUUGUAGUUCAAACGGAAGAAAAAUAGACACCCGUGAACUAAAACAGAUAAUCCCUCUUUACAAAUUUGUAUUAGCAUUUGAAAACUCUCUUUGUACUGAUUAUAUUUCAGAAAAGUAUUUUAAUAACUAUAAUUCAAGCUGGAUUAUUGUUGUUAGGGGUGGUGCAGAUUAUAAUCGACUUCUUCCGACGGAUACGUAUAUAAAUACCUCCGACUUUAAAGAUAUUUCAACAUUAGUGAAUUUCCUUUCGAAACUUGGAAAUGAUAGAUUAAGAUACAUAAAUUACCUUAAGAUAAAAAGCAAAUACGUAAGUAUAAGAUGGCCUGGAAAUAAACAUUGCGAAAUAUGCAGAAGGCUGAAUAAUCUAAAACAAUAUAGAAAAUCGUAUGCUGACCUCAAUUUGUAUCUUAAUAAUCAGUGCUAUAGACCAUAUGAUUUGGAUUAGUGAUAUUCGUUUAAAGGGUAAAUUAAAGAUUUGACGAUUUAUUUAUUAUUCCACAACACAUAAGCAUUACUUG